UCAAUUCUGUAGCCAGCCACCGCCCUGAACUGAUGAAUACCAAUCCACCCAACUCACGCCGUCUCCGACCUCGAUCCAAUCCAUCGCCGGUCCUCUCCGAUGAGCUUUUCCCCGAAAUCCUAUCAUGGCUUCCAGUCAAAUCAUUGAUGCAGAUGAAGUCUGUAAGUCAUACUUGGAACACUCUCAUCUCCGAUCCUAAAUUCGUCAAAAUGCACCUUCAUCGUUCUAAACGAAACCCUUACUUCUGGUACCGUGGUGAGCCGCAUGCUGAUUUCAAUUACAAUUUCUUACACUUCCCUGUUAGUCGUGUACUGCAAAACAAUUGGAUCACAGUUCCUAAGGAUCCUUACUACUAUUUGAAGGACAAGGAUUGUGUGGAAAUUGUUGGUUCGUGUAAUGGAUUGGUUUGCUUGCUAGGUUUUUCUUAUGACGAAACUCUUGAUUAUAAAAAUAUUUGGUUACGUUUCUGGAACCCCGCCACCAGAAAAAUAUCUGAUAAAUUAGGGUAUAACUAUAAAUCUAGUGUGAUGUUCUGUAAGUUCGUGUUUGUUUAUGAUAAUUCAACCGACAUUUAUAAGGUUCUGGAAUUAAGUCUCAGUGGUGAUAGCGAUCCUCAUACGAAAACCACAGUGAGAGUUUUUAGUUUGGCGAAUAAUGUUUGGAGAACUAUUCCAAGUUUUCCGGUAGUUCCUCUUGAAGUGUGGAAACGGAAAGGGUAUGAUGGUGUACAUUUGAAUUGUACUGUUAAUUGGUUGGCCAAUAAGAGUGAAUGGUGGAAUGACACUAGUGGCGAAUUUGUGAUUCUUUCAUUUGAUAUUGGCAGGGAGAAAUACACACAGCUUCUGCCCCCUCAAGGUUACGAUAAUGGUGGAGCAGCGCCGAGUAUUUGUGUAUUGAAAGACUCCUUGUGUUUGUAUCAUGAUUUCAAGAAGACCGAUUUGGUUAUAUGGAAGAUGACAGAAUUUGGAAAUGAAAAUUCUUGGACUCAAUUCCACAAAGUUAGCUAUCACAAUAUUCAUACGAAUUACGAAUAUGCUGGUAGCCGGCUUUUAAUAUUAAAACCAUUGCAUCUUUCUGAGAAUGGUGAAACAAUGGUAUUGGCGGACAUUGUUCAAAACCGAGCGAUUCUUUAUAACCUGAGAACAAACAAAGCAAAGAAAACUACAUUCAACAAAAAGAUACGUUGGUUCCCAAUGAAAGAUUAUGUCGAAAGCUUGGUUUCAACUUCUUGAAAAUCUUCAACAUUAACUCCGAGCAAAUCCAGUGUUAUUGAUGGUACAUGUCAUCAUGGUGAGAUGAAAGAGGCUUAUUGGAGCUACAUUCACUUCAGCCAUAGUAUCUGUUCUAGUUAAGACAUUAAUGUCCCUCUUGAUGUUUAUUUAGACUUUCUUUGGAAACAUUUGUAUU